AUUGAAGAAGUUACACUUGGAUGAGCACGGCUGCAAAUUCUCAAGGCACCACUACACCGGUCCGUGUCACGUCGUCUGCAUGCGAUUUGACAUCUCCAUGCAUUCGUUCUAGCUUGAUAUCGAAGCUGAUGCGUACACCCAUGGAUGAAGAUGCCACUGCAACUGAGUUGUGUUCGCGCUCCAUGGAUCCCUUUCUCGCUGCCUUGUUCGAUGGUCUUUGUUCAAGAGAAUUUUUUGUGUACGACGGGCACGAUUCUCGAACCGAUGGUGCCCGAUGUAUAUGGUGUUUACAACCGCUUGCGACCCAUCGCUGAUAUCUCAGGGCUGAUCCAACCUGAACUAGGAAUCUGCGUAUAUUCAAGAUGCGCAACUCUGGAAGCGAAGCCCUGCGCAGACUUCACGUCAAGCCGACCAGACCUUUGUAUCACCAAGUGCUGUGGAGUGAAGUGGAAGACCAGUCUGGCAUACGGCGAGGCAAAAUCUGCGGUCCAAGAAAAGAACCACUUUGGAUUAUGCAAGGACCUUGUCAAAGUGACUGCCUUCUGCAAAGAUGCCUUAGACAAAGAAUUAAUGCAAGGGAUUUUGGGAAUCCAGAUCAUCGGCAGAACUGUCCAGUUAUAUCUUCUUACACUGCCGGCCAAAGGCCUAUAUGUCAUGACGCAACUAGCAACAGUCAAGAUCGCCGACUCACUGCAAACCUUAGCAAGCCUAAUAAUUGAACUACCAGAGACGCCAACUUUGCCGCGUCAAAAAUUCGACCAAUUGUUUACGAUCUCCAAGGAUGGCAAAAAGCCCUGCCAUCUGAAAAUUGGCAGCCGUUUGAUGCGCUACCCACUUUAUAAACCGAAACCAUAAUUGUAUUCAUAAUACUCAAUAAAAAUGAGCAUAUGGUGCAUUUCACUUCUAAUCGCAGGAAUUUUACCCGACGUUGAAAGGGUUCAUCAACAGACUAGAUUGACAGAAUCAAAAAUUUCAAUAAACGUCUACGUGGUUAUUCAAAAUA